AUGGAUACAAAAUUCGCUGAAAUCAUCUCAUCUCGUUUGUUUACAUUCGUUGUCGGUGCAGAAGAGACGAGGAUCACCGUUCACUAUAAAGUCCUAGCAAGCCUCUCCUCCGAGCUUGGCGACCUCCUAAGCGCGCAGGUGGUCAGAGGGGUCAGCGAGCUCGACUGGCCGGAUGUCAAUGAGGGCACAUUCAUCCGGCUGUGCGAGUACGCGUACGUCGGCGACUACACGCCCCCACCGAGUUUCUACAGGGUUCCUCAGCCAUCAGAUACCACCGAUCAGUCUCCGUUGGAUGCUCAUGCAAGCCCUUUCAUCCCGGUCCUGUCGAGUGAUACGAAAAGAAUCUACAGCAAAUCCUGGAGGCCUCAAGCAAGCUCUUCCGUCCCGCGCCUGUCAAACGUUGAAAACAAAACCUCCGGUCAAUCACGGAGACCUCCAGCACGCUCCAACACUUUAGACAGAUCAGUCUCACAGCCAGACACUGGCUCAGAAGCGGUCGCGCGGGAUUUACCUUGGAUUUUCCAGCCGUCUAGUACUCGCGAUGCCUUCAAACAUCUGCACUCCUCCCUCACGGCCAAGCAGAGCCAAGCCUACGAAGCCAGAAAGGAAGCCUAUGCUCCUAGCAAGAUACCCCCCAACCGCCGGAAAAUACGGACGCCCGACCUUCUCGGCCACGUCAGACUAUACGUCUUGGCGGAGCAAUACGACAUCGCUCCCCUUCGGGAUCUAGUCUUAGGAAAGCUGGCGACGCUCCUCGAAGACUUGGAGCUGUUCGAGGAUCACGUGCACAAUCUGAUUAAAGUGGUGCGCGUUUCGUACCUGUUUACACUCACUCGUGACGAUGAGCGAUCUUGUUUGCAGAAUCUGCUGGUGACCUAUUGUUUUUCGAGGCUGAAGCAACUCAGUGAGAGCGCGGAGUUUCAACAAUUGGGGCACGAAGAAGGGCAAUUUACGGUCGACCUCAGACAGAAAAGAUACAAUUGGCGGCUGAGAUGGGGGCAGUGGGACUGGUGUAAACGCCCCGAUCCCUUUGAAUUGGCCUGA